AGGCGGCCGAGGGCUGGACCAAAUCUCGAAUCCACCUCGUCAGUUUGAGCUGCUGUUUUGCGUCGGGGUGAGCGGGCCAGCAUUCUUAUUUCUCGAUCGCAUCUCCUUUGAAACAUGCUGGGUCCGUGGAGUUCCACCCUGAGCGCGGCAACCACGCCGUUAGAGCCUUACACGCAAUGCUCGAGAGUGCCUGUUUCAUCGGACAACACUUGCAAUUUCUCUGUAAGCCGCCUUUUGCAACUCGACCGCUCUGCCGCUCCACCUGUGGCUCCCCAGGCGCCCGGUCCUCACCAAAGCAGACCCCAUCCACCUGAAUCUGACCGCAGCGAGGACGACGAGGAAUCCUUCUGCAGGGAUGACCUAAGCGCUACUGGCUCACCGUCAGGGUCUCGCCACCGACGACAGGGAGGGAUGCCGCCUUCAGGGUGUUCUCAGGGCAAGCAAAGGAGAAACAGAACCACUUUCUCCACCACUCAACUCGCUGCUUUGGAAAGGGUCUUUGAAAGGACACAUUACCCUGACGCUUUUGUUAGAGAAGAAUUGGCUCGGAGGGUCAACCUGAGUGAGGCGCGUGUGCAGGUCUGGUUCCAGAACAGAAGGGCCAAGUUCAGGAGGAACGAACGCAGUCUGCUGUCACAAAGGGGUUGCUGCCCUUCUCCGCAGCAGCCCAGUGGCAUCAGUUUGGCUUCAAGAGAUUCGACUCUGCUCCACCUUGCGCAAAAUGAUCAAGUGCCAGUCGUGGGUUCGCCAGCUGGUUUGGAUUACACACCGUUUGUGUCCUCGCAGUGCUGGAAAACCGCCACAACUUCUGCCUCGCAAUUUCAUACUUCGCCGCCAUCGUGUGCACUUAUGACGGCAGCUUAUGGAGCUAGUCCGUCGCCUUACAGCGUUUCGUCAAGCAUUGCCAGCUUGAGGUUUCGAGCCCAGGAAUACCAACACGGACACCAAAAUCCGCUGUAGAUUUUUUAAAUAAAAUUUUAAUUUUUAGAGUGAAA